CGAAUUUUUAUCAAUAAAGAUAAAAUUUAGAAAGAAACUUACUUUAUUGAUAUUGACCUUAAUCACGUUAAUUAAAUCGGGCACGGAUUUCCGAUCGUAGAGCUCUUCAUCGACUGAGGUAAAAAGAAGUAUCUGAUCAUGUGCCAUUUAAUGACUCUUUUCUGCAAUCAUCCGUCAUCGGCAAAAUUAUGAAAAUAUUUAAUGGAGAAUAAGUAUAUUGUCAUCAUGGUACUGGGAUCAGUCUUUGUUGGCUAUGUCGUAACAUCGCUGAUACUGUUCCGCUUUCCUUUGAUACUGCACAGGAAAAAGAAACUAUGCUUUCGACCAGUUCACAUUAGUCAUCGAGGAGGUGCAGGUGAAAAUAUAGAGAACACAAUGACUGCUUUUAAACAUGCAUUGUCAUUAGGAACAGACAUGUUGGAGAUUGAUUGUCACCUCACAAAGGACGGUAGGGUGAUAGUGUCACAUGACAGUUCUCUAAAACGUGUGUGUGAUUCCGAAGGACACAUAGCUGAUUAUGACUUCGAGGAUCUGCCAUUACUUAAAGAACAUCAUCGUCUAGAUUUUAAACAUAGUUUUACUUACGAUGGAACUGGUUCCUCAGACAGAAAGUUCCCAUUAUUAGAGGAAGUCUUUAGGGAGUUUCCAGAAAUACCAAUCAAUAUAGACAUCAAAAUAGAUGAUGAUGAACUUAUAGAAAAGGUGAAUGCUUUGAUUGUAAAAUAUAACAGAGAACAAAUAACAGUGUGGGGGAAUAAAAGUUCAACUAUUGUCAAUAAAGCUUAUGCUUUGAAUCCAAACAUUCCAACUUUAUUUUCUAUUGGAGGAGUUGUCAAGUUAAUUCUGCUCUUUUACUCUGGAUUACUUCCCUUUGUCCCACUAAAAGAAUCCACACUAGAAGUACUAAUGCCAAGUAUAUUUUUGGGUGAUGAUGUUCUUCCAAUUAUCGGAGGGAAGGUGAGAUUUGUCCUGCGAGUUUUAGAUGUGUUAUUAAUGAGGCCUCCUCUAUUUCAUCAUCUAGAGAGAAGGGGCAUUCAGACAUAUCUAUGGGUUUUGAAUGAAGAGCAUGAAUAUGAAAGGGCAUUUCAGCUAGGAGCCACUGGGGUGAUGACUGAUUUUCCAACAAAAUUGAAAGAAUAUUUGGAUAAGAAUCCGCAAUACAGAAGACCAAACUCGUCUAUGUCUUGAUGAUGGUAGUCAAUAAAUUGAGUAGUGCUGUGAUAUGCAUCUAUAAAGCUGAUUGAGAUAUCAUCAGAUUGAGACUAGUCAACAAUAUAUACAUACUUGUAGUUUUGUGCGUUCACUUUGUUUUUUCUAAAUGGAGUUUUGUAGUUUUCUGUCUUCUUUUUCUUACUGGAUAUUUAGAUACUAGAAUUGGAGUACAUGUAGUUAGAGACACAUUGCAAUAAGAGUAUUUGCUUUCAAAUAAAUAAUAUACAGCACUGUAUUUGAUUUACCUGGAGCAUGUGCAUUAAUUAUCUAAACAGUAUUGUCUUACUUGGUACAUUUACAGUCAAACCUAGUUAUAUCUUGGACUCAUGGUACCAAGAAAAAUCUUAGAGAUAUUCAUAAUGUAGAUUAUACAUAUUUACCGGUAUACAUGAUUUUUUUUUUCUAAAACUCACCCUCUAAAAGUUCAUGGUAAUCAAGAUAUCUAUGUUCAAGAAAUAAAAAAAAAGACCUGUCUUUGUUUGAAAGGGAUUGUCAUAUAUGCUGGGGUUUUUUUUGUUUGUGCUGGUAUUACAUGCAUAUUUACCAAAGAUUUCCCUGAAAUGUGUUGAUAGCAUCAUUCCAGAUUUUUACAAAAAUUAGUUUUGAACAUCAUUUUAUAUACAUGUAUAUCAUAUUUUGAAUUGACCAUUGUUAUGCAAGCAUACUAUAUUCUUGCAAGCUACGAUCUCUGGAAUACUUUUUUUUUGUUUACCAAUUGUGAAUGCAAUGUAGUCUGAAUUUAUUUACAACAAUGUUUAUGAAUGCAUGAAUCUUAUUUUUGAUUUGACCAUGAUUUACAUGUAGGGUGAUUUCACCAUGCAUCGGACACCUUUGGAUUUUUCCCUUUGUUCACGCAUCAAAUAUCGUCCAAAUAUAAAGAGAACUUGUUUUAAAAGUUACAGGUUUACCCCUUGCUUAAUUAUUGGAGAAAAAAUUGUGAAAUUGUUAAAAAUGUAGAAAAUAAAGCAAAUUAAUGAAGUGUUGAACUAUUUCACCAUGGAUCGGACAAUAUUUACCAAGCAUCGGACAGCUAUAGUAGUGCAGUAGAGAUUAAAAAUAACAACAUUUUCUGGUUUUAAUGCAAAAAUACAAAUGUUCGGAAAUAUUAAUUUAUUCAAUUGCUAUUCAUAUUUCUUUUAAUGUAAAUCCUCAAAUCUACCUGUAGGAAUUUAGACUAGUGCUUUUGUUUAAAGGAAUAUUUAUCAUAAGGGGUUCUUUAUCGUGCCAGUUCCUACAGGAACUUUGGACUAAAAAGGGUGUGUCUGUAAAACUCGAGUUUUAAGUGGUUUGAGGAAAACGUUUGUUUCAAUUAUUUUCUAAAUUUUUAUUUUACUUCACAUUUAAAGUAUAUCACAAGGAAUGGUUACAUAAUCUCCAUAUUAUUAGAAGAAAUCAUGCAGUGAAAACUGUCCGAUGCAUGGUUAAUUUGUGUCCGAUCCUUGGUGAAAUGAACAUAUAGUGCAAUAAUGACCUUGACAUUAAAUGUUCAAAUUUCUUGGACUUAUUUUAAUCAAAUUUUGAUUCAAAACUUACUUCUUUCUAAUUAUUUUACGCAGAGAGUGCAUUUUCACUAAUUCACAAUCAAACGCACAACAUUUAAAUAAUGCUCUAGUGUAAAAUCUUCGUAACUAAAUUUUCAAUAAUGGCGUAUUUGAUGUCAUUUUACGAUGUCUAUAUUGCUAUUUCUUUGACAAUGUGACUGUCAAAUUCUUAAUAAUGAUAAAGUUCAUUUGUUCUAAUUCAGGAAUAUACGAAACAACACAUGAGCGCAUGCACAUUUAUUUGUAUAUUUAUAAACAAAGUUGUCCGAUCCAAGGUAUGUGUCCGAUGCAUGGUUAAAUCACCCUACAUGUAUAUGGUUCAUUAUUUAUACUGUUGACUUUCUGUGAUUACAAAUUAGGUUUAAUACAUUAUAUGAUCAAACUCUUUAUUCAUUAUGGAAUCCAUUUGAUACAUUAUUUUUAUGUGCAUUUUCUUCUUAAUUACAUUAAAGAUUGCUGAAAAGGU